AUGUUAUUAAGAAUUUUUUCAACAUUUCAAAUUGUUAAAUCAACAUUUCGUAGAACUCAUACAUUAAUUAAUUAUAAAACUUAUCCUUUACAUGAUCGUGAAUCAAAUGCAUAUGAUCAAUUAAUAUUAAAUAGUCGUCAAGAAUUUCUUUCAACUGGUUGUUUAUAUCUUCCUCAUUUUUUAACAAAUGAAACUCUUUCAACUAUUCUUAAUGAAAUUAAUUCUAUAUUAAUAAAUUCUCCUCAAACAUUAUAUAAUUCAUAUGUCGAACAUACAGACAAUCUUUAUAAUACAUCAAAUUCUGAAAAAAAUUUAAAUGAAAUUGAAUCGAGUGGUAAAACAAUAAUUGCUUUUGAUCAAAUUCCAAAUGAAUCUCUUCUUCGUAAAAUUUAUUCAUGGAAUUCAUUAAUUGAUUUUAUAACAGAUAUAAUUCAAAUAUAUCCACAUCUUUAUCCAAGUUGUGAUGAAUUAGGUGCUUUAUAUAUAAAUAUUUAUAAUCAAUCAAAUAAACUUAGUUGGCAUACAGAUCAUUCACAUUUUUUUGUUAAUCUUCUUCUACAACAAGCAUCUAUACCUAAUGAAGGUAUGUUUGAAUAUAAAACAAAAAAUAAUCAGGAAAUAAUUAGUCGAAAAGAUUUUCAAGCUGGUGGUCUUGUACUUUUUAAUGGUCGAAUUUAUCCACAUCGUGUAACUGAAGUUCGUUUAUCAAAAUUACCACGUAUUAAUGCAAUUCUUACUUAUGAUUGUAAUCCUGAUCAUCGUUUAACUAAUUAUGUUUUACAAAAAUUUUUUGGACGUACAGUGCAAAAACACUAA